UAUCGCCCGUCCAGUAGUCGCAAACAGAGCUUAGGUUAUAGAGUAGGUCGAUUCCGAAAAGCAUUGGAACAAAAACCUCUUUCAAUUUUAUCGGAAAUAAUUGUAUGUCCGUGAAAUUUACCUUCGAAACUGUUAAAUGACGUUAUCGUUCAAUGAUCUACAGUAAGAAAGUAGUGUACUGUAAUGUAUAGUUCGCAUUUCAAUAAUGGGACUCUGUAUUCCAGAUUGUUUGAGCUUUAUAAACAUUAGAUAGAUAGAUAUCCAAUAUUUGCAAAAAUUUGAUCAUCAAUUCGUCGAAUACUGCUAGUUGAUUAUUCAUAAAACUUCGCCUCUCAUACGUUGAUUUUGGACGAGAUCAAUAGCAAUCCCUCUUGUAAACAUGGUCCAACUGUAUUAUUCCAAAGAAAUCAUCCAAAUGGAAGUAUUGUAUGUAAGUACUACGGGUGUAGCGCAAGUCGAGACGGGAAAUGUAGUUUUUAUACCUCGUCUGACCAAAUCGACAGUUCAGAAAUAGUAUAUAAUAAUACAUGCAACAUUACACAGGUUCGCAAUACUGAAGCUUCGCAAAAAUUCUUUUGUGUAAAAUGCCAGCGUUUAGUAUUAAAAUUGAACAUAGAAAGUCAUAAUAACCACAAGAUUAUCUUGAACUUGAGAGAAGAUGUUUUAAGACAGCCUGCACGAUUUCUCCUCACUCCGCUUACUGAUGAUGGUAUUGAGGCGCAAUAUUUUUUUUCUGAUGACACACUAAUCUGUAUAGAAGGAAUAAUCGAACAGCUAAAAAUUACAAAAAUAAUCAGCUUAGGAGCACCGAGAUUACACGAAUAUUUAUUAACAAGCACUGCAACAAAAUCAUUGUUAUUAGAUAUUGAUAAGAGGUUCGAGUGUUUUUACGAUGCAACUUCUUUCUUGCAAUACAAUAUGUUCAACCAUCACUUUUUUGGAGGAUCAGCGGCUCAAGAUGUAUUUAUUUCGUUUUUACAAACUAAUGAACAAAAGGAUCGCUUAUGCAUUUUCACAGACCCUCCUUUUGGAUGCCGGACAGAACUAUUGGCAAACACCAUUGUUAAGAUAAAUCAACUCUAUAACACAACCAAUUCGUUGGUUCAACAUGUAUUACCAGUCUUUUGGGUUUUUCCAUAUUUCAUGGAAGCUUAUAUUAAAAAUGAAUUACCUUCAAUGGAGAUAUCUGACUAUCACGUUUCUUACACGAAUCACAGAAGAUAUCAUAACGGCAAAAAAGGAUUGAAAAACGGAUCUCCAGUUAGAUUUUUUACCAAUGUGCCAUUAGAAUCCUUUGAAUUACCUUCAAACCAAGGUUAUAAAUUUUGCUACGAAUGCAACAAAAGUGUUCACAAGACAAAUAUACACUGCUCAAUUUGUAGCAUGUGUGCAUCAAAAAACGGUGCAACAUAUAAGCAUUGCGUUAAAUGUAAUUGGUGCGUUAAACCAAACUAUAAACACUGCAAUAAAUGCGGUAGAUGCGCCCAAAAACAUGACUGCCAUUUUUACCAAACGCAAAUCACCUGUCGCAUUUGUAUGAACAAAGGACACGUUGAAUUGACGUGUAGCUUUUGGAAGCACUUCAAAGAAAUUAAACGGCAUUAUAGCGGUUGUAUGGUGUGCGGGAAAAAAACACAUAUAAUCAAAAAAUGUCCCGAACGCAAGAUUGCUUUGAAAGAAAAAUAUUUUCUUGGGAAAUAUAAUAAUGUUCUUAACACAUAAA